CAGUUAGUGUUUGAGCAUUCUUCUAGUUUGAUCACUAACAAAAUGUAAGUAAUACAUAUUUUUAAAAAUGUUGCUGAUAUUUCCUCCAUCCCUGCCUAUUUGCCGGGGUUCAUGAUUUUUCUGCUCAUGAAAAGGAACUUCUGCGUCUCCUAAUCUCUGUCAGUGCAACUUUUCAUUUAUGAGUUAUUUUUUUACCCGUGAACAAAAUAAAUUUAUUCAUUCUUUAACUAUCACAUCCCAGUUAUUUUCGAUUUAUGAAAUAGGUAUAAAAAUUCAAUAUUAAGAAAUGCAGACAUACUGCAAAAUAUUUUGAUGUCUUCCCAAUUUAUGAUCUAAUUGAUCUUGUUUAGAGGUAUAGCUAGGUUAAUAAAAGUAACUAGGAACUAAAUUUGACUUUCAAAUAACAAAGACACGCUGUUAUUAUUUAUUCUUAUGAAAAUUUCUCCUGUACUUUAAAGUUUUAACUAUAUUAGUUUUGAAGAAUAUAGUAGUUCCAAAUUUUCAAGAGUAUAUAUAACCAAAGUUUUAAGAUCCUUUUCUUUAAUAAAAUCAUUAGUGUAGUUUUAUUGUAACCUUCCAGUAAGAAAUACAUUGUGCUGUAUUAGUAAUAACUGCUGUUGAGGUUUUGCUACUGAAAAUACUUAGGGAAAGGCAGUCCAUUCCAAAAAAAUAAUACUAAUAUUAAUGCUUUAUUAUAUUAUCAGUAGAAUUUUGUUUUCAAGUGUCUGCAUACUAUACCCUGUUUUAUAGGAAUGGGAGACUCCAUGUAUCCAGAAAGUGAUAUGUCUAUCCUCUUACCUACUCUUGGAACACAAACUCCAGUUGUUCCUGGACUUGUAGAUAAUCUACUUUCUGAUUUCCAGCUUUAUUCCAGUGCAAAAAUCUGUAAACAGAUUCAUCAUCAUUGUGGUUUCUCAGUAAUCAAUACAUAUAACAAGUCAGAAAUGUUAGACCCUGAGGACAGGAUGUGUAAAAUUUUUGUGGGUGAAAAGUGCACAGGAGUAAGAGACAAGAUAGCCCUACCGAAUGCAUUGCCUAAUGUGUCCGAACAAAAGGAACAAAGCAAAUGGCAGAAAUAUCACAACACAACUGGGUGUGAUUUGAGAUCCCAAAAUAGCAACGAAGUGUCCAUGGUUUCUGAUAUCAAAGCUGAGAAUUUUUUAGGAAUGUCAUUAGAAUACAGAAGAGAGAAUCAGAGUAAUGUCAUCCAUAAAAGGCCUCUGGACUCUGAGCAUCUGGAGACAAUAAAAAGCAUGCUUUGUAAACAGCGGCAAAACUUUAUCAGUCAAGAUUCUGUUUCAGAAAGAAAGAAACUUUCCCUGCACUUAAAUCAACACUUUUGCACUGAGGAAGUUCUAAGUGAGUUAGGUCACCUGAAUUUCCCCAAUAUAACCAGAGAUAGCAAGGUAUGUAAUUGUUUCCAAUGUUAAGAAAUGCUGCUAAAUAUUGUCCAUCAUGUGUACAUGCAGAUUAGUUUUGUUGUAUGCGGCCUAAUGUUUUCUCUUACAAUUUUUUAACAAGGUUUUCAGGAAUACUAUGUUAACAGGUUUCAAAAUAUUUAAGUUUGAUCAUCUCAUAAUCAUAGUUUAUCAAAUCAAGAUAUGUACAGUUCUUAUUCAUUCAUGAAACCAUGACACCUCCUUUUUCUGCAAACUAUAAAGGAACAUAAAGAACAUUAAGAACAUAAACUCUUAAUUAAACUAAACCAGGGCACUAUGGUUGCAAACCUCAAACAGGCCUGCAUCUUCAGUCAUUGUUUUAAAUCCUUGAAGUGAUUUUUAUGGAACUCUACAAAAUCAAGUUCUUAUUUAAGAUUACAAUUUAGCACUCAAAUAGAUGUAUUUUAAAAGACCCAGGUAAGAUAUGUAGUCAUAAAUACUGGAAGAAUAGACAUAGCCUUAAUAAAUGCUAUAUUCAGCGGUCUUAAAUAUAGGUAAUCUCUGCAUAUGAGAUUAGAAAAAUGGAAAUAGGAAUUUGCUUAUUUUGUUUUAUAGGGCACUUCUGAACUGUAUUU